UAAUCUCUGGUCGAAUGUUGCGAAUAGUCUAUGACAAGCUCGGCGACGAACAGCGAAUCAGCAAGCGAAUGGCGAUUGGUGAACGGGCGCUACGGGCGGGUGUUGAAGAAAAGAAAAUGGCAAAAUGGUGACAGUGCGAGGCGGGGCGAUGGCUGCGGGCGCUGAGUUCGUCGAAGGCUGGCUGGUUGCCCAGGUGUUGGGGGAAGGUGCAUAUGGAGAAGUGCGGCUGCUGGUGCACGCCCGCAGCGGCGCCGCCGUGGCGCUGAAGGUGGUCCGCGGCGGGGAGGCGGGCGCGGGCGGGGCGGGGCGCGCCGCCGACGCCGCGCGCGAGGCCGCGCUGCACCGCGCGCUGCGCCACCGCCACGUGCUGCGCUGUCUGGGCGAGCGCACGCACCAGGGCCUGCACUACAUGUUCCUGGAGUACGCGCCGGGCGGGGAGCUGUUCGACCGCAUCGAGCCCGACGUGGGCAUGCGCGAGGACGAGGCGCGCCGCUACUGGCGCCAACUGCUGAGCGGCCUGCAGUACCUGCACGGCCGCGGAGUGGCGCACCGCGACAUCAAGCCUGAAAAUCUGCUGCUGGACGACCAUGACAACCUAAAGAUCUCUGACUUCGGCAUGGCGACUCUCUUCAGGCACGGGUCGCGCGAGCGCCUGCUGUCGCGCGUGUGCGGCACCGUGCCGUACGCCGCGCCCGAGGUGCUGGCGGCCGCCGCGCGCCCGUACCGCGCCGCGCCCGCCGACCUGUGGGCCGCCGCGCUCGUGCUGCUCGCCAUGCUGGCCGGCGAGUUGCCGUGGGAGCGGGCCGCGGCGGAGGACGCGCGCUACGCGGGCUGGCUGGCGGCGGGGCCGGCGGCGCCCGGGCCGUGGCGGCGGGCGGGCGCGGGCGCUCGCGCGCUGCUGGCGCGGCUGCUGCGCGCGGACGCGGCGCGGCGGCCGGGCGCGGACGCGCUGCUGGCGUCGGCGUGGCUGCGCGAGGGCGAGACGCGCGCGUGGCGGUCGCAGCCGGCGGGCGGUGAGGACGGCGCGGCGGCCGGCGAGGGUGCCGCCGAGCUCUCCGCCGCCGACAUGGACGCGCUCAUCUGCUACUCGCAGCCCGCGCAGCCCGACGACCUGCCGCCGCCCGAGCCCGGCGCGCUGCCGCUGGGCCGGCGCCGCACGCGCCUGUGGCUGCGCGGCGAGCCGGCGGCCGCGCUGGCGGCGCUGGCUGCGGCGCUGGCGCGGCCUGGGCUGGCGGCGGCUGGGCGCCAGCGUGCUGCGCGUGGAGAGCGGCGAGCUGGCGCUGCGGGCCUGGGCCGUGCAGGCGGCCGCGGCGCCCGGCGACUCGGAGGCGCGCACGCUGCUGGAGUUCCGGCGCUCCCGCGGCUGCGGGCUUCAAUUCUUGCGUCGCUAUGCCGAGCUGCGUGA